UGGUGCUCCAUGGGAUCCAGCAUGGUUUGGACCUAGUAAAGACUUAGUUGGUAAUGGUGGAUUUUCAUUACGAAGUCGUAGUAAGAUACUUGCUUUACUUGCACUUAUUCCAUAUGAUUCUAAAAUACCAGAAGAUGUUUGGUAUGCACAGAAUUUACGUCGAGUAAAUGGAUCAGUUGCUCCAGUAAAUAUAGCUAAAACAUUUUCAGUUGAAUCAGUAUAUUAUGAAAGACCAUUAGGUGUACAUCGAUUUCCUUUAAAAUGUUCAAUUCGAGAAAAAUUAUUUGAAACAUGUCCUGAAUCAAUGAUGAUAAUGCCAGAAAAAUGUACAUAA